AUAUUGUUACUGAGUGAGCAAUCCUGAUUUAACGCUGUUAACCCUUUAAACGCUGUGAACGUAUACAUGUGUCCAUCGAAAUCUAACAAUGUGAUUAUAGAUGUAUAUAUGCGUUUGUAAACUUUUUCGAUCUUCUGUGUGGUUGAAACACAAUUAUCGAUAUAUAAGAUAAGUACACGUGUGUCCUUUAGCACCAGAAGGAAAUUGAACAAGGAACAACUAACAAGAAAAAAUGCAUUGCUUGUAUAAAACAUACUUCACAUUUAAACGCAUUUAAAUAAAAUAAUUAAUGCUUCACAAUAAUUUUCUUAUAUUAUUUAAUUUGGCAUAAAAGAAGUAUAAUUAUAACUUAGUUAAGCCAUGUAUAUUCAAUCUACAAAGUUUACAGAUGUAAAAAACAAUUCCAUUCCUAAUAAUUGUAAUUAUUAAAGUAUUUUAGCUUAUAAUGGAGGAGCUGUUAUUGCUAUGAAAGGCAAAAAUUGUGUGGCAAUAGCAGCCGAUCGCAGAUUUGGUAUACAGACACAGACAAUAUCAUGUGAUUAUCAAAAAAUCUUUGAAAUGGGAUCACAUUUGUAUCUCAGUCUUCCUGGACUUGCUACAGACACCCAAACCGUAAUGGAAAGGUUACGAUUCCGAUUGAAUCUUUAUGAACUGAAAGAAAACAGAAAAAUUCAUCCUAAGACAUUUGCAUCAAUGGUUUCAAAUUUAUUAUAUGAAAGGAGAUUUGGACCCUAUUUUGUGGAACCCAUUGUUGCCGGCUUAGAUCCUGUUACUUAUGAACCAUUUAUUUGUAACAUGGAUUUAAUAGGAUGCAUAAGUUUACCAGGAGACUUUGUAGUUGGUGGAACAUGUAGCGAACAGCUUUAUGGAAUGUGCGAAUCGCUGUAUGAACCAGAUUUGGAACCAGAUGAUCUCUUUGAGACAAUUAGUCAGGCUUUAAUAAAUGCAUGCGACAGAGAUGCAAUAUCUGGUUGGGGAGCUAUUGUUCACAUAAUAGAAAAAGAUAAAGUGACAACAAGAACUGUCAAAACGCGAAUGGAUUAAGCUGCACUUAAAAUAUGUGUUUACAUUAUGUCUAAAUUUACAAUUUGGAAGCACUUAUUAAAGGGAUGUAUAAUGUGUUUGAAUAAAUUAAUUUUCAAUAAAUAGAGUGUAAAAUCUCACAAUAA